AUGGAGAGAAGCGAUAAUCAUAAUAGUGGUAAUAAUAAUAAUAGGGGUAAUCCUCUCAUGCCUUCACGGAUUUUGAUUGUGUGUGAUGGGACUAAAGAUCGUGAUAAUCAGGAGUUUAAGCACACUAUUCAUAAUAUCAGGAUGCAAGGGGGUAUUAUUCAUGCUGGUGAUACGAUUACUGUACUCGGGGUUUUACACAGAAUCCUUCAUCCCUUGGGUUACCACAUGCAAGUAGCUUCGGAGAAUUUCCUUGGAACAAAUCACAUCCGUGCCAUGGAAGAAGAAGUCUCGAAAAAGGUUGAUGCAUAUAUAGGUAUGCUCCAUCACAGUGCUGAAGAAUGUGACGACGAAGGGGUUGAUAUUGAAGUCAAGAUUACGGCUGGAACUCCAAUGAAGAGGGUUAUCGUACAAGAAGUUUUGACUUCCAAUGCAACCUGGGUUAUACUUGAUAGGCAUCUAAGACGGGAAUGGAGGUUUUACCUUAAAUAUAUACCUUGCAAGGUUGCACUAGUCCUUGACAACUUAUCCCUAGAAGUUUUGAGAUCAGAUUAUUCUGAAAAGGAUAUUGAUAAUAUUGAAGUUAAGUUGUUUUACUCGCUAUCCAAGCCUGUCGCACUCCCAUCUUCUCAAGACAACGAUAACAAUGAACAGACAUCCAUGUCUAUCAACUACGCUGCUUCCAUGGGUUCCCUGGCAAGUUCUGAUAUGGCUAAAAGCAACUCGUUCAUAUCCAACUCCAAGGAUCACCGCUUUUCCUUGCAAGAUGAAUUUGGUUCAAAUCCUAAGCCAGAUGAAUCAGGUAGCUAUGCUAAAUCUGAAAAUAAAUAUGCCGUUUCUCCCCCAACUAUACAUAAACAGCGAAGAAAGCUUAGUCGACAGAGAUCCACUGAUGUGCCUGUUCUCUGUAUUGCUUGUGGGAUGACAACAGAGUUAGAUUCAAAGAGAUAUAAUUAUACUGAGAUACAGCUUGCAACAAAUGAUUUUUCAUCUGAUAAUUUACUGGGAGAAGGUGGGUAUGGUCUUGUUUAUAAAGGUCGGCUUAAGGAUGGGCAACUUAUUGCUGCAAAGGUGCGCAAGGAAGCAAGUACACAAGGGUUUUCAGAAUUCCAUUCUGAAGUAUAUGUCCUAAGCUUUGCACGCCACAAGAACAUUGUGAUGCUUCUUGGUUUUUGUUGCAAGGAAAACCUUAACAUCUUGGUCUAUGAGUAUGUCUGCAACAAAUCACUUGAGUGGCAUUUAUUCGAAAACACAGAUCGUGUUCUUGAAUGGCACCGAAGACAUGCUAUUGCUAUUGGAACUGCAAAAGGGUUGCGGUUUUUGCAUGAAGAAUGUAGAGGAAGUCCCAUCAUUCAUCGGGACAUGCGACCAAGUAAUAUAUUGCUCACACAUGAAUAUGUUCCUAUGCUUGGAGACUUUGGCCUCGCAAAGUGGAAGACAGGUGAAGAGGAGGAUAUACAGACAAGAAUUCUUGGCACUCUUGGAUAUCUUGCACCAGAGUACGCGGAGAAUGGCAUUGUUUCUGUAAGAACAGAUGUUUAUUCCUUUGGUAUUGUUCUAAUCCAAUUGAUAUCAGGACGUAAGGCAGUGGAUUCAGAAAGAGAAGAUAAACAGUCCCUUAGACAGUGGGCAUUACACUUGAUUCAGACGCUUGCAUUGCACGAGCUAGUUGAUUCCCGUCUUGAGGACUCAUAUAACACGUAUGAACUGUACCACAUGGCUAGAACAGCAUACCUAUGUGUCCAAACUGAACCCGAGAUGCGCCCAUCAAUGGCAGAGGUGUUACGCCUUCUUGAAGGGGAAAGCGAUCAUUUCCAUCACUUGACAGAGCAAUUUAUACCACAUUACAGCAAAUGA